AUGCUCAUUUCUUUGGUACUAAAAGGGGCGUUCCUGCGUUUAAACUUGAAGGAUCACUACAAAAGCGAUGCCGCCGAUAGAGAAGGUUAUAAGAUCAGCAGCAAGAAUUUCAAAAUAACUUACUCAAUCAACAGUAAGGAGAGAGAAGCGGACCCGUGUCAUAAAACUGGUCGUAUUGACAAAGUUACGGACUUGAUCGCUGAGCAGGGCAUGGCCCUUCGGAAACAAAAUCCUCGUCGAGGUUACACAACAAUUCCAUUCUUGAGGGGAGUUAAAGUCCAAGUCCAGGUUGCCGAAUAA